AUGCAUGAACGCUCUAAAGUGGUUGGCGCCGCUGCUUCCUUGCACAGCUGGUUGAGCGGCCCCGAGGAGGAGGCGAAGGAGGCAGCGGAGGAGAAGGAGGAGGGGGAGGCGAGGGAGGAGGAGGAGGAGAGGGAGGAGGGGGAGGUGAGGGAGGAGGGGGAGGCGAGGGAGGAGGAGGAGGCGAGGGAGGAGAGGGAGGAGGUGAAGGAGGGGAAGGAGGGGGAGGAGGGAAAAGAGCUAGAGGCGGAGCGGGCAUCACGACAGCUAUAA